UGGACGGAGGGGCGUCGAGAAGAGAUAGGGUAUCACUGCGCGCGCGGCCUGCGGAAGAGGAGAGUGCGCGAGCCCCUCACGACAGCCCGCGCUCCGGUGUACCCUUACUCUUCAACCCUGGGAACCAACGCGCUCGUCUUGACAUUCCUUGGUAAGCGUGAGCGGAGAAGAGAAUUUUGAUCCGAACAAUCACCAUGGUGUACCCUUUGUCCGCAAAAGGGCGAGGGUCUCCGCACCGGGGGCAACAGAACGGCAACGGGGGCGGAGUCAUCCCUCGAGAAAAGGUGUCGCGGUUUGUGUUUUUGUCCACGCUUCUCGUUGUGUACUCGGCUUUCACGCUUGGGUUGAUCUUCUGGAACAGCAAGAGUAGCGGCAGGAACCCUUCCGAACCUUCACCCAUCGAUCAAAGCGGCGGCGGGGGAUCGUUCCAUCUCGGAUCGGAGGCAUCAGCAGGAGGAGACAAGGUGGCUUCGUCAUUGCUAAUACGAGAAGGAAGAAGAGGGGCAGGAGCGGGGGAAACACAAGCGGGGUUUGGCAACGAGGGAAAAUCAACGAGGAGACACUCGCCUGCUGGGUCGGCAGGAAGCAACAAGUUGGUCGGGGCGUCGGGUGGGGAGGGCAUGAUGCAUGAUGAGAGGCACGGGGGGGGUGGUUUCGGGGCGAGUGGCGUGAUGGCACCAAGACCAGGCGAAGCACGCCCAGCCGGUGCACAUAAAGUCAGGGUGGAGGAUGCGCCGAGCUUUGUGCGGCAGGGUGGGCAGGGCGACAUCGGAGGAGCUUGA